ACAUGGUGCAGGGUGGGCGUGUCCAGGACGCUGAUGUAAACACAAAAUACGCCUCAUCCCCUGUCGGAUAAGUCACAGUGGAGCGAAUUGGCGAGAUUAACCCAAAUAGCCUUCGUUGGUCGGGGAAAACGUUCUGUAACCGUCGAGUGUAAUAUGUGUUAAAGGCACAGACGGGCGACGCCAUGGACUUCUACAUCAACCUGAGGGUGAAUUUCAGGGGAAAUUCCAAAAAUUUCCUCCUGUCGGGAUCCGACACCAAGAGCUGGGAUUCGAUGGAGGCCAUGGUAAAGCGCUCUUUUGGCCUGUGCAGUCUUCAGCUGACAUAUUUCGAUGAGGAGAAUGAGGAGGUGUCCAUUAACAGUCAAGUGGAGUAUGAGGAGGCUUUGAAGAGUGCAGCAAGGCAGGGGAACCGACUGCACAUGAACGUGUAUGAGACUCGGGGCCAGCCGGCGAGGGUCCCCACCACUAAAGCCAGUGGCACAGAGCCCAAGAGGGGCUUCAGACCCCCACAGCACUGUCCCGCUCUGGCACAGGUUGUCAGCCGCAAAGUCCAGGCUGCAGUGCCAGAACAGGGAAUGGUAAUAAUGAAAGAAGUGAAGGGUACCAGAGAAGAAGACAAAACUCCUCCAGCCUGGUUCACCUCUUACAUGGAGAAGUUUAAGGACCAGGUGGUACGUGAGGCGGUGGAGAAGAUCUGCAGGGAGUUCUCUGGGCAGUGCUGCAUCCACAAGCCUCUGGGGGGAGGAGGAGGAGGAGGAGGAGGAUCAGCAGGAGGAGGAGGAGGAGGAGGGGGAGGUAGAGGGGAUGCAGUAGGAGGAGCGGGGGCUCAGCAGGUCCCUGAGGUUUCUUCUUCUGCUCUUCCUGGAGCUCCAUCCUCCUCCACUCCUCCCUGCUCCUCCUGCAGGGGUCAGACCACUGGAGGAGGCUACCAGUGCAGUGUAUGUACUUCCUGUACACUGUGUGAGCCCUGCAGUUUCUCUCAUGAUCCCAGCCACAAUCUGGUGAGAGCCAGGACUCCUCUGUCCAUCCCAGAGCACGGAUCACCUGCCCCGGACCACAGCAGGUUCUACAGGCGAGGUGACCGCAGUUUCCGCAAGGCAGAGAAACAACGGCUGAAAGCAGAGAAGCGUCUGCUGAAGGCAGAGGUCAAAGAGAUCCGCAAACAGCUGAGGAUGGAGCGGCGGGGCAUACAGUGGAGCUCCUCCAACAGAGAUGGAAGCUCCUCCCCUGUCCUUCUGCAGCCUCGAGCCACCCAGCAUAACAGUCCUGAACGUCCAAAGCGCCCCUGUCCCUUGGUGGCUCCAGCCAUGACAGCUGCAUUUUUGGAUGAGAACCUUCCUGAUGGAACCCGACUGCGUCCCGGAACCAAGUUUAUCAAGUACUGGAAGAUGAGGAACACUGGAACAGUCAGCUGGAGUGCAGAUACCAAGCUGAAGUUCAUGUGGGGAAACCUGGCGGUGGGAUCUGGGGACCGUUGGAGAGAAGUGUCUGUUCCCUUCCUCCAGCCAGGACAGGUUGGCAUAGUGAAUGUAGCGCUCUGUGCUCCCUCUGUGGAGGGCUCCUACACCUCCCACUGGCGUCUGGCCCACGCUGGAGAGCAGUUUGGACCCAGGGUCUGGUGCAGUAUUGUGGUCGAUCCUCUGGCCCCAGCGCCCAUGAUGGCUGAUGGGAUACUUGUGUCACCCUGCGUCACACCUCAGGGUAAGAACCCAGUGGCAAAGGAUGGAAAAGCCUGUGCAUCUUCCAGAGAGCAACCAUUAAUGUCAGUGGACCAAGAGGAGUACUACAUCCCCUCUGUAGACCUGCUCACUGCACAGGAUCUUCUGUCCUUUGAGCUGUUGGACAUCAACAUUGUCCAAGAACUGGAGAAUGUCCCAAACAACACCCCUGCUGACAUGACUCCAUGCAUGUCUCCUCUGCCUCAAGAUGGACACCUGCAGGACAAGAGCAGUCCCUCUUUGGGUCUCAUCCAGGAAGAGACUGAAGUCAUCAAUAGUAUCAUGGAUGUCGCUCAUGGAGCGGGACCUGAAGCGGAAGGGGGAGGAGUCCCAGCUCAGGAGGAAGGCGAGGAUGACAUCAGCGGGACUCAGUUUGUUUGCGAGACUGUGAUUCGUUCGAUGACCCUAGAGGAGGCACCUGACCAUACCCCUCUGAGAGGGUCUCGCCCAGGGACAGGUAAAGUGGUGCGUCCGGCUGCUCAGGGAGGCUCCUCUUCUUCCUGUGUGAAGAGUAAAACGGCGAGAACGGAGGACAGCCCUGAAAGCAGCCCCAACAGUUCAAAAAAUGCCCUGAAACCGCCGGCUACACUCAAAGCUUCCCUCCCUCCCCCGCUGAAAGCCUCCCUGCCUGCUCCCCUGUCUGUGGCCCCAACACCAGGACCUGGGCCCAGCUCAGCACCGACUCCGCUCCACGCUCUACCCAGGGCCUCCACACUGCAGGAGUACUCAACCACAGAUGGAGAUGAAGAGUCCCACGUGGAGAAAAUGAAGAAGCCACAGGAGAACAAGGAGAAAGAGACAGAGGAGAAGAGAGAGGGGACGAGGAGUCGCUCCUCCUCCACCUCCUCGGAGGACUACAUCAUCAUACUCCCUGACUGCUUUGACACCAGUCGGCCACUAGGGGAGUCCAUGUACAGCUCUGCGCUGUCCCAGCCUGGUGACAUCCCAGUUAAGAGCCCCACAGACCCAGAACCUGCAUCUCCUGACCACUCGGGCAGCAUCACCCCAGAGGGACAGCUGGGUGAGGCGGAUGAAGCCGCGGCAGCUCCAGGGGCGGGGAUGUCAGGCACCAGCAGCGCCAACGACAUGCUUUGUACGUCUCAGACGCUGGACGAUGAGCCACUGACACCUGAGGUGGUGGCACCGCCCAAAGCCACUGUCACACCCAGUCCAGAGAGCAGUGGAGAAACAGAAGCUGACCCGGCUGCCGGGGAAGGCGCAGAGGGCUCUGAACUGUACCAGACUGAGGAUGCCUCUGGUUCUCAGCAAACUCGGACAGAUGAUACAGAAGCUACUGAAGAUGCAGAGGAAGACAGCUCUGAAGACCCCAGGCACCCAGGCAUCACCAGCGGCCUGAUGAAAGGAGCUCUGUCUGUAGCUGCUUCUGCAUACAAAGCCUUGUUCACUGGACAAGGCCCCACACAGCCUCCAGUGGACGCGUCCACCCAGGAAACUAUGAUGGCUGUGUUGGUGGAGAUGGGUUUUGGGGACCGGCCGCUGAACCAGCGGCUGCUGACCAAAUACAACUACAACCUGCUGGAUGUGGUCAACGAGCUUGUUCAGAUGACCGACAAUGACUGGUACUCUACACGCUACUGAUGAGAGAGAGAGAGAGAGAGAGAGAGCAAAGAAGUGUAGGAAGAGGAAAAAAUGAGAUAGAAGGGGAUGAAAUUAGGGAUGAAAAAAUAAGAAGAGGAAAGGGAGAAAUCCAAUUCUGCUCAUCUACCUUUUUAACUUCCUCUGUCUGCACAUCUCUUCUCUGAUUGGUCCAGUUGAAUGGAGAUCAUUCUUCUCUUACACUGUAUUUGGAGACAUUCCAUCAAACUCUCUGGGAUGCUGUACUAGACCGUCACACACCCACUGUCUGUAGGUGCAAGGCUGCCUUACAUAGCGAUUUAAGAGAGAUGAAGAAAGAAACAUAUUCCUUAAUUCUCAAAGGAGCUAUGUGUAGCAUUUAGCCUUUCCCAAAAUUAAGACCACAUAUCUCAUGAGCCCUACUCUUGCCUGCAAAGAGGGUAUUGCUCCAUUUGUUUUGACAGGCAAGGAGAAGUAUAAAACUAAUAAAAAAAAGUCAUCAGUAACAGCAAAAAUGUAUUUUAAUGUGACACAGUAUGCUAAUAUGAAGCUGUGUUACCUUCAAAUACCGAACUGUUUCACUUCCACACUAUAAGGUAAUGUAAAGAUAUUACAGUUAAUGUUAGACGCAGCUUAGAGGAUAGAUGAGGCAAAUGUAUUCUUAUCAAAAUAUGGUUAGAAUCUGUUAGCAUUGAAAUGCUACACAUUGGACCUUCGUUCUUUGCCCCUUUUUUUUCCCUGGAUAGCACAAAGCAGCAAGACAAUAUAGAGAGAGUAUCCACAUUUACAGUUAUGAGGAGGUACACAUCACAGGUCACUUUGGUACCUGACCAUUUGAUCACACCAUGUGUUCACAUGCCAGUCAGUCACAGAUUUUAAAAAAAAAUCCACAAUUAACCUAUGGUGUGCUUUUGCCAUACACCACAUAGCUCAGAGCGCUGAUGUACUUGCUAUUACCUGCGUGUUUGUGGGAACACAGUGGGUCUUUUGGCAUAUCUGUUGUGUGCUUCCCGAUUGCCGUGAGCUGUGAAAGCUAGUGAAGCUCAUGAACAGGAUGUGAUGUAAGGUCAGUGUCACACAAAUGACAGCAACAAAGAUGGAAGGCUUAGAACAGAAACUAAUGUCAGUGAUCUUAUUCAACAAGAUGAAUUUGGACCUAAUCUGCUACUCGGGCACAGGUAUCACACGGCCUGGACCACCAGAACUCAAAGCCCACUUUACACAGAGUUUAGGCCAAUUGCUACGUAAAGCUUCAGCUUCAGGCUAUUCUCAAAAGUAUUGACUUUGGUGCUCAACUUGAUACCAAGUCUCAAAUUUUGCAGUACCUGUCAGGUUUUCACUUACAGAUGCAGGUGCAAAACUGAUUCUGGUCUUAAUUUUAGGCUAGCGCAUGACUUCAGUGUUCCUGUUAUAUACACUAACAUACAUACACUAACAUUUUACAAAUUAAGUUUGGCUUUUAUGGCCAUUGUUGCAAAUCAAAAGGUAUGACUGCAUUAUAACAGUAUUAGGUCUUUAUAUGACUUGUGAUGAAUGUGAACUUUAAGCAGUAAGAACAUAGCUUCAUAAGUGACUGGAUAAGCCAAAAGCAGACGUUCUCAUCUGGUUAUUUUAUCUUUUGAUGUCUGUUGAUUUGUGUUGGAAAACCCACUUGCUCAGGAUAUAUAUCAGUAUUGUGAGGUAGAACAUACACAUAUACACCCCUGAUCACACAAAUCUGCUGCACUGUGUGAACGAUGCAGCUUAUGUUGGAGCCACUUGCCCACACAUUAAUGUUGGUGAAAGCAAGUAUAUCAUGAGCCUUGGCGCAAAGUGAUUAUCUGUACUCAUUUCGGUUCAAGUAUCAUAGAGCAUGACGUUAUUAUUGUUGUUGUUAUUAUUAGUGAUGAUAAUAAUAACAACAAUAUUUUCUUCUGUCCAUAUCACCAGAGUACAUAUAUAUGGUUUUUCCCCACCUCUCAGUUCUGAAUGCAUAACCUGGUGUGGAUAAGUAGAAUAGCUACUGAAAGAAGAGAAAUAUUCCACCAUAAACUUGGGAUUUAGAGGAAGUGUUUGCACUUACAAGCUCAAAAACAGUUCAGACCAAAGAUUUACAACACAAGACAAAUGUUGCCUGAAAAAGUUGCGGGGUGUGAAUUGGUGUUUAUCAGCUCGACUCAGGAUGACUCAUGGCGUUGCCUGGGGCACAUUUUGAGUAGUUUCAAGUUUCAGCUUGCAAAUCUUUGGCCUGACCAGGGCUUUACUGAACACAGUUCAUUCAAUAUAAACUCACUUCCUAUUUCCAAAUAUAGCAGACUUCCUAUUUCCCCUUUGACUGGACCUCUUGGUUGUCUUGAACAUGUUAGCUGGAUUCUGUGGUCCCUGAACCUCCUGGUCAGACUGAAAGUCUCAGUAUGCUUCAAACGAAAUAGUUUGUAGCAUUCAGUUACAAACAUUGUUCAUCUCAGCCUUCUCCGGUUCUCCCAUUGGAAAGAGGGCCAACUCCGCUGUGGUUUUAUUUAUAAUAGUAGAUUUGGUACUUCGUAUUUAUGAAGCAACAAUAAAUAAAUAAAAUAAAUAAAUACUUAUGCAAAUGAUAUGGUAACCAUAGUAAUCAAGAUGUUUUAGCUUCACUUCUGAGGAACUAUCACAUCGUUAAUCUUUAUAUACCGUCAGUGAGUCCUGACCAAAUUAUCUGAGCCACAAAUCCAAUAAAUUCCUUACUGAAGCAUAUUGAGAACUUCAUUUAAGAAUUAAGAUAAGCUUUUCACUGUUUUUUCUAUUUAUUAUGAUCUCCACAAAUCAGACUGACACAAAUGGAUACAUUUAAUGACUUAAGAAAGGUUUCGGCUAUGUUGAGUUGAAUGCCUUCAGCAGAGCUCAUAUGUGUUCAUAUAUUUUGCAUUCCUGUCAACUGUGUUGUGCUUCUUCAAAGCAGCCAGGUGUGGGGACUGAUACUACAGAAGGACCUUUAAUUCCUUUGGUAGAGCACAUUAAGAGCAUGUACAGUUACAGUAAGGUCAUUCCAAUCCUAAACUGGGAAAAACAGUGUGUAACAAUGUGAAAAUGUGUUUUGUUUUUUUUGUCCCUUUCACAAAUGUAUGAAUAUAUACAGAGCCGAUGACUAUCAGUUAACUUCUUUAGUUUAAGUUAAGAUUGUUAAAGUGUUUUUGCUUCGAAUGCUUUGAAGGCUGUUUGGAAAUUUAAAAAAAAAAUGAGCUGUGGAUGUUGUAUUUUUAGGCUUAUUGUGUGGUGGUUAAAUUUGCUCUGCUGUAUGUGUAUGUUAGUGUUUUCCUCUGUAAAAACAAACAAAAAAAAAUGUGAACAGAUUGAUUGAAGAUUCUGUUUUUGUUUGCCACUGAGAGGACUUGGGGUUGUAGUUGAAGAAAUAACGUCAUAAAACAGCACUUGUGUAGGAUUAUAAUGAAUGUUGUGCAUACAUUGCUAAAUUGCUUGUUUUUUCAAAGUCAAAUAAAACACUGCAAUGCAGUUAAAAGGAGUAAUUCGAUAAAAUUUGAGGAAUUUGCACAUUUCUUUUCUUUCUUAGAGUUCUGUCAGUAAGAAAGCGAAUUAGCGUAUUUCCCAUACUACUGAGCUAUUUGAACUUUACACAUCAGACCUUAGUUUAACUGAGUGAUCUUUAUAGCUCACGCAAAAACCAAAUAUUUAAAUUCCUUCCUGGGUGAAGAUUUUAAAUCAUUUUGCAAAACCAUAAUCUUCCAGAAUUACACACGAGGUUGAGGCUAAAGUGUUAUACUGCUGUUGACAAUUUUAAGAAUACGGUUUAUUACAAAGACGUCACUGUUGAGGUCAUAUAGCCAGUCUUACCCACAUGUUUAUAUGAUGUUAAGGGACUGCAUUGAAAGCAAAAUAAUGAUAAAUGGUGUGAAGAAAACAUCACAAUCUAACCCAAAUGUAAACAUGCUUCCCUGACUUGUAUUUCAAAAGGAAAUUGGAAUUUGGAGUAUCAUUUUGUUUUGGAGGUGUUCGCUUUGAGUUCUGCUCCAUAUACACAGUUAAUGGGAUAAAAGGUGUCAUCUUUCACAGUUUACCUAAGCUUUAUAUCAUGCAUUCCAGUGUUUCUUGUACAUUUUUCAUCACAUUCAUUUCACUGAAAAUCACCACAGUCCCUUUAAAAGACAUCAAGCAUUCUAGAUUCCCCCUUAGGUAAUUAAUGAAACUCUGCUGCACAUCUCUAAUCCAAUCCCCUGCGUGGUGAAAUGGACCCUGACUGGAAUGUGCACCUGAUGAAGGUGAGAUGUUUCACACUGUAUGUCAUUUUGCUUUAACUUGUGUGUGUUCCAUGAGAGACGGUCUGGAAGAAUAUUUUCAUAUCUGGGGUAUGUGAAGUAUUUAAGUGGAAAACAAAAGCUGGAUUGUUUGAGCUUUUCUUCUGUGUCGCACUUUAUGAACAUUGAUAUGAUGUACAAAUCAAUCUGUCUCUAAUUAAAGUCACUAUACUCAU